AUGCUGCGGCAAGUGAUCCACAGAGGGCUCAAGGCUUCGUUCUACUGGCUGGGCUUAUUCGUUAGCAGGCACCCCGUGUUCUUCCUCACCGUCCCCGCGGUCCUCACCAUCAUUUUCGGAUCUACCGUGCUCAGCCGAUUCAAGCCGGAGACGGACCUGGAGGUGCUGGUCGCCCCGACGCACAGCCUCGCCAAGAUCGAGCGCAGUCUCGCCAACAGCCUGUUCCCGAUCGACCAGUCGAAGCACAAGCUGUACUCGGAUUUGCACACCCCGGGCAGAUAUGGCAGGCUGAUCCUGCUCGCCAAGUCUGGGGGAAACAUCCUGGAGCUGGCCGACCAGGUCCUGCAGGUCCACAAGCAGGUGCUGGAUUUACGCUUCAAUUACAAGGGGUUCAAUUACACGUUCGCCCACCUCUGCGUCCUGAGCCACAGGGACAAGCGCUGCCUGCUGGAUGAUAUCAUCACCAUCUUCGAAGACAUCAGGCAGGCUGUGCUCUCCAACAGCACUUUCCACAAGGUGCCCGUGAGCUACCCGAACACCACACUAAAGGAUGGCCGUGUGUCCUUCAUCGGCCACCAGUUGGGCGGCGUGUCCUAUUCGGCCAACAGCCGGGACCAGCAGGUCAAGUUCGCCCGUGCAGUUCAAAUCACCUACUACCUCCGCAACCACGGACCUGUGGUGCAGGAUGCCAUUGCAGAGCGCUGGGAGAAUGAGUUUGGUGCCUUGGUCAGCCGGCUGUCCACGGCCGAGGCUCCCCACGCCUCCGACCAACUCCACAUCCAGUCGCUCACCUCCUUCAGCCUAUGGCGGGACUUCCACCAGACGGGCGUGCUGGCAAAGGGGGAGGUGCUGGUCAGCCUGGUGUUGGUGCUCCUGGCCGCCACCAUCUCAAGCUCCAUGAGGGACUGCCUGAGGGGGAAGCCGUUCCUGGGCCUCCUCGGCGUAAUGACCAUAUGCAUCGCCAACGUGACGGCCGCAGGGAUCUUCUUUAUAUCAGACGGGAAGUUCAACUCUACACUGCUGGGGAUCCCGUUCUUUGCCAUGGGCCAUGGAACCAAAGGAGUGUUUGAGCUGCUAGCCGGCUGGAGGAGAACGAGGGAAACCCUCCCCUUCAAGGAACGUGUGGCGGACGCUUUUGCUGAUGUGAUGGUGUGCUACACCAUGACAAGCUCACUCUACAUCAUCACCUUUGGCAUGGGAGCAAGCCCUUUUACCAACAUCGAGUCGGUGAAAAUUUUCUGUCAGAGCAUGUGCGUAGCCAUACUGGUCAACUACUUCUACGUCUUCUCGUUCUAUGGCUCCUGCCUGGUGUUUGCUGGACAGCUGGAGCAGAACCGCUACCACAGUGUUUUCUGUUGUAAAAUCCCCUCAGUGGAGUAUCUGGACCGCCAGCCCACAUGGUUUAAAACUAUGAUGAGUGACGGCCAUGACCUGUCCACGCACCACGACAGUGUACCCUACCAGAAUCACUUCAUCCAGCACUUCCUGCGAGAGCACUUCACAGAAUGGAUAACAAAUACCUAUGUGAAACCCUUUGUGGUCAUUCUCUAUCUCAUCUACGCCUCUUUCUCAUUCAUGGGAUGUUUACAAAUUAGCGAUGGAUCAAAUAUUGUUAACCUGCUGGCAAGUAACUCUCCGAGUGUCUCGUAUGCUCUAACCCAGCAGAAAUACUUUAGCAACUACAGCCCUGUGAUCGGGUUUUAUAUUUAUGAGCCCAUUGAGUACUGGAACUCCACGGUGCAGGAGCACCUUAAGACGCUUAGUCACGGCUUCAACAAGAUCUCCUGGAUGGACAACUUUUUCCACUACCUUCGGGUGGUGAAUGUGAGUGCGUCAACUAAGAGCGACUUCAUCACCAUCCUUAAAGGCUCCUUCCUGCGCAGCCCGGAGUACCAGCACUUCACCGAGGACAUCAUAUUCUCAAGGAAUCGUGAGACUGACGAGUAUGAUAUAAUCGCCUCACGGAUGUACCUGGUGGCGCGGACAACUGAGAAGAAGCGUGAGGAAGUGGUGGAGCUCCUGGAAAAGCUCCGUCCAUUGAUGCUUAUCAACAGCAUCAAGUUCAUUGCCUUCAAUCCAACAUUUGUGUUCAUGGACCGCUACAGCUCUUCUGUCAUCUCCCCCAUCCUGACCUCAGGCUUCAGUGUGCUCACCAUCCUCAUCCUCACUUUCUUCCUGGUUAUCAACCCCUUAGGGAACUUCUGGCUCAUCCUCACAGUAACGUCUGUGGAACUGGGCGUCUUGGGUUUGAUGACCCUUUGGAACGUUGGCAUGGACAGCAUCUCAAUCCUGUGCCUUAUUUUUACCCUCAACUUCGCCAUGGAUCACUGUGUACCACACCUGUACACUUUUGUGCUGGCCAGCGAGCACACCAGGACGCAGUGCAUCAAGUUGGCACUGGAGGAGCACGGGGCUGCCAUACUGCAGAACACAUCCUGCUUUGUGAUCGGGAUCAUGCCCCUGGUGUUUGUGCCUUCCAAUCUGACCUACACACUGUUCAAGUGCUCCCUCCUCACUGCAGGCUGCACUGUGCUGCACUGCUUCGUCAUCCUGCCGGUCUUCUUAACCUUCUUCCCACCAUCCAAAAAGAGACACAAGAAAAAGAAACGGGCCAAAGAAAGGGAGGAGAUAGAGUGCAUUGAAGUCAGGGAGAAUCCUGAUCAUGUGACAAACGUUUGAGUAGUUUGUUAUUUUAGCAGUGCACAUCAGUGGGUCAGUUAUUGGUUAAGGAGAGGUGUUCUCCAACUGUGAGGUGCCUCUACAGGUGCAGGGGAGCUUGAUAUGUCCCCUGAGGAGUGGACAACUGUCGCUCCAAAACAAAAGCAGCUAAGCUGGCCAGAGUAGAGCGCAGCGCCACUGGUCGGUCAUGCAGACCUUCAGUCUGGACAGUGAAACUUGCUCAUGGUUCUAAAGCUCUUUCCCAACUAUUUGGUAUUAAACACAAGUUAGUUGCCAGAACCUAUGCUUGCUGCGUCUGUAGGUACAUUCUAAACACACAGUGUGGUAGUCCAUUAUAGCAAUAGCAAUUCUAAGUUCAUCUCCUGCUGCCCUUAUCUCAAAGAAAGUGAGAGAGGAGCGAAGCAGUCUGUUAAAAUAAGGAGACAAGGAAAAGUUGGUGAAAGUGCUAAGGGUGAUAAUACACAAGUGCACAGAUUGAAAGUGGGCAGGCGACGACUGUGAUCGCACCUCACUCCUCACACCUUGGUAACAUCAAACAGAUACAGAACCAAAUUCUGUGGAAAGAGAGAAACUGUGGACCUGGAAGCACACUGCAUGCUUUUCUGUAACAUGAAAUCAAGCUGAACCGGGCAGAUGGCAUACACUAUGUCAAUUGUGAAGAAUUAUCUUUCACAUUGCAUUAUGUGAAUAGUACGGUCAAGGUAAUGAGGCAAAUAUGUCUUCAUCCCAGAAGUCAUCUGAGGUUUCAUACAAUGGCAAAGUAUACUGCAGAGGGCUGCAGUGUAUGAGGAGAAAGUGAUAAGGAACUAUUGGCUAGCAGUAUUUGAAAAGGCAGUAAACCUGAUUUUAGGCAGUAAACCUUAUUGAGUACUUAUAUUAGAGUACUCGAGUAAAUCCUAAACUGCUUCUGCAAACCACUAAAACCAAAAGUGAAGAGUGUCUUUCUAUCCCAGAAGAUUGAUUACAUUGGACAUUUUCUGUGAGGGUACGAAUGUGUUUGUGAUCCACUCACAAAAGCUCCCUGGCGUGAUACUGGUAAAAGGAAGGUCCAGAUGUGAUUCAUUACUAGCAGUGGUGCCAAAUGGUGUACAGAAUUUUUUGUGCAACUGAUUUCUAUAAAAACAAACAACAAAAAGUAUCAGUUUGAUAUUUGUCCCAGCUAAUUUAAAUGAUUGCUAUUCAGUGUCUUUUGAAACAGGCUUUAAAUUAGGCAGCGAGGCACUUUUUGUGAAGAAUGCUCUCUCUGAAUAGCGUGACAAAUUGAAACGAAGAGCUGAAGUAUAACAAGGAUUUAUUUUGCUCCAAAUGUAGUAAACUUCAAUUAAAAUUCACAAUAACAUAUUAAUAAUACAAAUAAGUAAAAGUCCAGCCCUGCAGCCUUGCUGAAGACCAUCAUGUUCACACCAUUUGUCUAUACAGAAAUAGUGCGUUUGAAAAACAAAAUUGUAUUGCUUUUUUUUAUUUUAUAUUUGGUUUUCAGCCCUCAAACUGUAAUCAAUUAUAAUUUUAUGCAGCCGAUGAAUCGAAGUGUGCAAUAUAAGGUAUGGAUCAUAAUCACCUGGUGCUGCAGUUCCCUCAGCAGUGCAUCUUUCUGCUUGUUCUUUUUAUUGUACAACCCAAGACGUCACUGUUUUUGGUUCAACUACUUUCAUCAACCUGGUUUGCAGCAGCAGGCAGCAUUAGCCUGUGAAAAAAGCUUUAUCAAUUAAUCUCUAUAAAAUACCCUGUUUAUUAAUUCAGUCUUGGAAGGCUAAACUGGCUGCUGUUUCACCGUGGGGUAAACAGUAUUAUCUGUGUCGGUCAAAGUCCGAUAGGAAUCUGUGGUGCAGUCAAAAAAACAAACGCACUCAAGGUCAGCAGGCCCAACAGAGACCGGUCUGAGCCUGACCUCUGGCAGGCAGAUCUGAGCUGGUGGCAUGUGAUAGAGUGGCCUCCUGUGAGCAGAUUAGGCUGAUUGCAGACCUGUCAAUAACGUCUGAGGACACUGACUGUUCUUAAAGGGCUGUCAUUGAGGGAGAGGGAAUGUCUCUCAGCUAAUCAGGCAGCUGGAAGGAAGUUGGAAAUAUCCAUACUGUACAACAUGUCAGUGAGGGGCAUCUGUCGUUUGACAACACGCUCAUAACAAGUUAUAAAAAUGGCUGAUAAUCCUACUAUUUGGAUUUAAAUCAGUAAAGUGAUUAGAAAUAAAGGUAAAAGAAUAAUGUCCUGCUAUUGCAGAAUUAGACAGUAAAGUGUUGAAUUGUCAGGAACCUUAUCUUUCAUCAGAAUUAAUGUGUUUAUGGCCAGCGACUUCCUGAAGCAGCUGCAGCGUGAGUGUCACGUCAUGUAAAAGCCACGUCAUGUAUGUAUAGCAAAAAGGCAUGAAAUAUUUUUAAAAUGGGAAAGAAAUGCAGAUAAUAAAUAAUUUACCUCCCCAAAAUGGACUGUUUGCAUGGCACUGUAUUGUAUGUAUGUAUGCAUGUAUUUAAUUUUUCUGUGCAAAGUCUACAUUAUCUUUUUUCUCUUUCUUUUGCUCUGCUAUGGUUAAGUUUGUCGUCUCGAUGGAUGUUCUGUAACAACGUGUGCUGCAAAAGAACAAAAUGAGUCAUAUCUGUUCCAAAACAAAAGCCAGAGGAUAUUUCAUCUGUAAAAUACCUGUAAAUUAUUCUUUUCUAUAUUUUCUAAAAAAUAUAUAUAUACUAUAGAAAGAUUUUUAAUGACAGAAUUUUCUUAAAAAAAUGAAAAGGGAAAAAAGUUGAACACAGUAGGCCAGUAACCAACAGUCAAAUGUUUCCAGUAUACAGUACUAGAUCUUAUUCCUUGCAAACUACAGUGUCAGUGUUUGUUGAUGAGUCACAUUUUUUAUGUGGGAAACUGUUACCACCAUUUUAUUGUUUGUUUGUGUGUCUUGACUCCUUUAUAACCUCUACCUGGCCUUCACAUUUAGGGAUAUUACUCAGUACUCAACAGCCCUUUUGUAAACAACACGACGGCCCAUCAGGCUUUGUUAUGAUCAUUUUUAACCCGAAAAAAACACAUUAGAAAUUUACAGAACAUAGACAGAAUGUCCAGUUUAUAUCCGGAAUUAAAUUUAUUACAAUUUGCUGUCUGGCAGACCAAGCUUAGCAACUAAGAUAUCAAUGUAAGGCAUUAUUCGUAACUCGUCUGGAACAUCAUUCCUAGAUAUGGGCGUCUUCCUCCUCAUCGCUGGCUACAAAGCUAUUGCCAAUCAACCCUUGUCACCUUUCAGCUACUUUAAAUUUAGCAUCAAUCCCAAUACUCGCCUGUCUUAUUAGGCUACUGUGUAUUUGUUAUCAUAAGAAAUUAAAAGAAGUCACAAGGAAAGAGUCACUGGUUAUUGAAAGAGCAUGUCAUAUUAAUAAUACAUACUACGUAUUAUUUUCACCAAUGAAAAUGAAAACCUCUCAAUAGCUCUGACUUCCCCAGCAAAAGCCUACUGGUUCUCAUAUUCUUGUUUCAUUUAUGAUUUAAAACCCAUUUAUCAUUAAAAAGGCUAAAAUAAUAAACAGUUGAGUACUGUAGUUAUUUAAUGUUACUCAGACCGGAGACGUGACAACUGAAUAUUGACAUUCCUUUUGUGUUAUACUCAGUAUUUAUGUACUCAAACGGUGUAAUGGCGACCGCAAAUUGUGAAUUGUGGUUGGUUUAAAGGUGUGAACACAUUUGUUUCUAAACGAUGGACCAUGUACGUGAGGAGAGCAACAUUUGUGCCUCAGCAAAAAAAAAUUGUGUAACCAACAACAAAUAGUUCGAACUUCAAGUCAGUAUGGAAAAGGAGGAUUAUACGUGGAUAUAAAAACUGUGUUACUGUAUUCAUAGGUGAAUUAGGAUGGCAGAGCACAUGACUGUACCAUUAAAGAGAUUUGAGUCAGGUACUGCACAGGCACAGAACAGUACAAAUUGUUGGGAGUAAAGACGAUGUUUUGCGACAGAGUCUCCAAACUUAAUUUAAAAUCAGAUUUGACUGGUGAUUCAGUGCAAUUGUAGUUGAGGUGCUCUUUCCUUAUCCUUUCGAUGGAGAAUCAGUCUUCUAUUUUCCGGGAUGUUUUCAAGGUAGUUGCUCAGAGGCCGUAGUUUUCUAGAUAAUAACACCAUUGACAGCUUUAUUCUGAACAUCUGGACUACUUUAUAAUUUCACUUGAUAAGGUACCAGAUGUGGUAGUCCGCAUGCAUUCUGAAGAGUACAUGUUGCUUUACUCCCACAUUUAUACGUCUACUACAUUACUAUGUAAAAACUAACUUUAA